AGAAAAGUGGCAUCUUCUACUGAUCAAUUCUGCCCUGUCCUGAGGGGAGGUGUCAGGUGUGGUGCAACUUGUUAGACAUGUGCCAACAGCUUCAACCUUAGAGAAUUUCGAUUUGCUCAGACCAUGACUUUUGUAAUUGAGGAAAUCAACAGGAACAACAACUUGCUCCCAAAUAUCACAAUUGGUUACAUGAUUUAUGACAAUUGUGGCUCAAGUUUAUUAUCUAUGAAAGCAGCCAUGGCGUUGAUGAAUGGUCAGGAUAUAAUGGGAGAAGAGGCCUGCUCUGUACAAGCAGCAGUGCAAGCCAUCAUUGGGGAAUCUGAAUCUUCUCCUACUGUAGUACUCACAAAAACAACAGGACCUUUUCAAAUACCAGUGAUAAGCCAUGGGGCCACAUGUGAAUGUUUGAGCGACAGAAAAGAGUACCCCUCUUUCUUCAGGACCAUAGCGAGUGAUUACUACCAGAGUAGAGCUUUGGUAUACUUGGUGAAGCACUUUGGCUGGUCUUGGGUGGGAGCUGUAAACAGUGAUAAUGACUAUGGAAACAACGGAAUGGCCAUUUUUCUGAAUGCAGCCAAAGAAGAGGGAAUAUGUGUUGAGUACUCAGAGAAGUUUGAUCGGUCAGAUCCUGCCAAACUAAUGAAAGUGGUCGACACCAUUACAAAAGGCACAGCUAAAGUAAUUAUUGUAUUUCUUGGUCACGUUGAGAUGAAUGUUUUAGUAGAAGAACUUAUUCUGAAGAACGUCACUGGCUACCAGAUGAUUGGUGUCGAGGCAUGGAUUACUGCAGUUAAUCUAGUAACGCCAACAAGUUACAAUGUACUGAUUGGAUCACUAGGAUUCGAUGUGGGAAAAUUGAACAUUGCUGGUUUUGCUGACUAUGUUGUAAAAGAGUUUUGGCAAACAGAUUUCCCUUGUUUGAACCCAAAGGGAGAGAUUUCUCAUACUGAAAACAACUGUAGCAAAUAUGAAGAAAUCCUUCCCUUUAAAAACUACAAUGAAGAUAUAUCAGAAUUGAGAUACGCAAAUAACAUUUACAGUGCAAUUUAUGCGGUGGCACAUUCUCUACACGGCCUAUUGAGAUGCACAGAAAACCAGAAGUGUGGAAAUGGGAAGACAAUACCAUCAAUGCAGGUUGUUGAUUCACUAAAAAAAGUAAACUUUAUAACCAAAGCAGGAGAACAGAUUUGGUUUGACAGCACUGGGGCAACCGCUGCAAAAUAUGACGUAGUAAACUGGCAACGAGGCUUUGAUGGAGAAGUGCAGUUUAUGGUUGUGGGGUAUUAUGAUGCCUCUCUGCCAAGUGGACAACAAUUUGUCCUAAAUUCUAACAAUAUAAGUUGGGCUGGAGGAAAAACAGAGAAGCCGAGGUCUGUGUGCAGUGAAAGCUGUCCUCCAGGAACCAGGAAAGCUGCACAGAAAGGAAGGCCUGUCUGCUGUUAUGAUUGUAUGCCAUGUGCAGAGGGAGAGAUCAGUAACCACACAGAUUCAAAUAACUGUGAGCAGUGUCCAGGAGAAUAUUGGUCUAAUGCUGAAAGAGAUAAAUGUGUGUUAAAAGUUAUAGAGUUUCUCUCAUUUACAGAGGUUAUGGGGAUAAUACUGAUAUUUUUUUCACUACUUGGAGCUGCAUUGACUGUGUUAGUGGCUGUUUUAUUUCUACUAAAAAAGGACACUCCUAUAGUUAGGGCCAACAAUUCUGAGCUGAGCUUCCUGCUGCUCUUCUCACUGACUCUGUGUUUCCUCUGUUCACUUACAUUUAUUGGACGGCCCUCUAAGUGGUCCUGUAUGCUGCGCCACACAGCUUUUGGGAUCACAUUUGUACUCUGUAUCUCCUGUGUUCUGGGGAAAACUGUAGUGGUGUUAAUGGCCUUCAGAGCUACACUUCCAGGCAGCAAUGUCAUGAAAUGGUUUGGGCCUCUACAGCAGAGACUCAGUGUAGUUGCUUUUACAAUUAUACAGGUCCUUAUUUGUGUACUUUGGUUAACAAUUUCUCCUCCUUUCCCCUACAUGAACAUGAACUACUUCAAGGAAAAGAUCAUAUUAGAAUGUAACUUGGGCUCAGCUAUAGGUUUCUGGGCCGUGCUGGGUUAUAUUGGAGUUCUGGCUUUCUUAUGCUUUGUUUUGGCUUUUCUAGCUAGAAAGCUGCCUGAUAAUUUUAAUGAAGCAAAAUUCAUCACAUUCAGUAUACUCAUAUUCUGUGCAGUGUGGAUCACCUUUAUUCCAGCUUAUGUCAGCUCUCCUGGAAAAUUCACUGUAGCUGUGGAGAUCUUUGCCAUUUUGGCCUCCAGUUUUGCUCUGCUGUUCUGUAUAUUUACUCCUAAAUGUUAUAUUAUUCUGUUUAAACCUGAACUAAACACCAAGAAAAAUAUGAUGGGCAAAAUGGCAUCUAAAUCCCUAUAA